AUCCGCCCAGGUUCAGGUGAGACGUUCCCUGCUUUGAGGGCGUAUCGUCGUUCAUGUUCGACGCGCAACACCCACAACAAGUCCCGAGCUGACCCGGACUACUCCCCUGUACAGUCCUCGCGGAGAUGGAGAAGUCUCCGAGUUUGUCCUCCGAGGGUUCCGUGCCGCUGCCGCUGCCGCUGCCACUGCCGGCGCCGGCGGACGACGACGACGACGACAGCUCGGCGUGCUCCGACGAGCUGCUGGGCUCCCAGUCGCGCCGCUGGCUCGCCGAACUAAUGGCGGCGGACAAGCCCGGCAGCGACUUCGGCGUCAACGGCGAGAGGAUGGCGGUGGGCCGCGACGGGCUCUUCAUCGACUACCAUUUCCCCCUCGGGGAACUCGAAAUGAAGUCCGGCGUCAAGUGGAAGCGACCCAAGGAGCUGUGCCCGUCACCUCAGUUCACCGUCGAUGGAGCAUCACGCUUGGAUGUUCGCCAGGGAAAGCUCAGUGACUGCUGGCUGCUUUCCGCCAUCGCAUCUCUGGCCAUUCACCAGCAUCUGCUCCGCAAGGUGGUUCCUUCUGGACAAACCUUCCAGGACGGAUACAACGGCUGCUUCGUCUUCAGGUUCUGGCAGUACGGUCAGUGGGAGGAGGUCCGCAUCGACGACCUGCUGCCAACGUACGGCAACAGUCUGAUCUACCUCAGCUCGCCCGAAAAACGAGAGUUCUGGAGCUCCCUGCUUGAAAAGGCGUACGCCAAGCUAAAAGGAGGCUACCGUGCCCUGGACAUGGGCUUUCCUCAUGAGGCCAUGGUGGACAUGACGGGCGGCGUGGCCGAGGUUCUGAGUGUGGCCAUGCUGCCCAGGGAGCUUCCAGCCUUUCUGGCCGAGCUUCUGGCCAAGGGUGCGCUCAUCAACUGCGCCAACACACAGGGUCCUUUGGAGUACAGGAAUGAGCUGGGAAUCAUGUUCAGACAUGCAUACUCACUGACUGCUGUGGAAAAGGUGCAGACCACAUACGGACCCGUGGACCUGGUGCGCAUCUUCAACCCGUGGGGCAACACAGAGUGGCUGGGCCCAUGGAGCGACCUGGAAGGGCCCGAGUGGAACACAGUGAGCGCUGAGGAGCAAAAGCGACUGGACCGAAUACGACGGGAAGACGGAGAGUUCUGGAUGUUGCUGUCUGACUUCCGUCAGAACUUCGAGACGAUGGAGGUGUGUCACCUGGCCGACAUUCAGAGCGACGCCAGCGUGCAGCCAUGGUCGUGCACAAUGCAUCAUGGGACCUGGGUGCCACGUGUCUCUGCCGGGGGCUCUCCCAAAGGGGGUUGGUUCUGGCAAAAUCCCCAGUUUGGCUUGGUCCUCUCCCAACACACUGAACACGGAUCACCUGACCCUCCAAAGCGCUGCGCCUUCAUUUUGGCUCUCAUGCAGAAAUAUCAACGGCGUAGAGGCAUCGACCUUUCCAUCGCUCUACACAUAUACCCGGCGCCUUGCGAGGGCACCCACCUGUCACCAGAAGACCUGAGCGAGCUCCGGCCGGCGAUGAGCAGCAGCUAUUACUCGUCGCGGAGAGAGGUGGUUCUGCGGGGUCACCUCCCGCCCGGUCACUAUGUCGUCAUCCCAUCCACCGCCAAGCCCAAUCAGCAGGGAGCCUUCCUGCUGCGCGUGCUGACCGAGCAAGGCCACUCUGCCACCCGAACUGCAGGCCCGGUGACACAUGACCUGACUUCACUAACAGCGCCUCAGUAUCCCCAUCAGAAAGCUCUCCCGUCGCUCAAAGGGAUAAGGCAGCUAUUCAAGAAGCACUGCAACAAGACAGGAUUCUGCAAACCGCAUCACCUUCACAACUUGCUGACUGAGGCCAUCCAGGGAGGAGUGUUGGCAGGUAGUGAGAAGAACUUGGCCCUGGAACACUGCAAGAGCUUGGUGGUCCUCAUGGAUAGUCAGGGCAUCGCUCAGCUAACUUGGCUGGAGUUCCAGGCACUCUGGGACAAGAUCCGGAUGUGGACGGACAUCUUUCUGGUGCACGACAAGGACAAGUCACAGUAUCUGGACUACAAGGAAGUUGCCCCUGCUCUAAAGGCUGCAGGCAUCGUGGUAGAUGACCUGGUGAUGCAGCUGGUGGGCCUGAGGUACACAGAGCCAGACAUGACCAUCAGCUACCCUGGCUUCCUGUACCUUGUCAUGAAACUGGAGAGCAUGAUCCACAAAUUUCAUGCGUAUGACCUUGUGGGAAUGGGCUGCAUCUCGCUAAGUUACAGACAAUGGCUCCACAUGACCAUUUACAACUGAGGCAGAAGAGUCGCAGGAUAUGCUCCAGUAUUUGUUCUGGAUGUGUGAUGUUUAUGUUAUAAUUGUACGUUGUAGCUACGCUGACAGAAACAUGCAUGAGGCAUAGUUUUCAUUGUUCAGGUCAUGAUUGAAACAUGGCUGCUUAUUCUUCUACGAGCCUUUCUUAGAAAGCUCCUGAUUAUUUUUGAUAAAUGUGACUUUAUUUUAUUGUGACUGUUUGAUAUGUGUGUAUAAUUAUAUCUAGUUGCGUGUGGGCGUGUGUGUGUGAGAGAGAGCGCGACAUCCUGUUGUGCUACUGCUGUGUCAACUCACACUGCCUUUUUAGGGCAACAAACAUCAGCCACACUUCCUGUCUCUCCUCACCUUUUUUUUGUGUGGUUCGCCACACAGAGGAACAUACAAUCUGCAAUUUAACAUUGUUCAAUUGUCUGGUAUAUGUGUUUCAAAUGUGAUAGCAGUCACACAUAAUGUCUUUGAAGUUCUGUUUCUGUGUCUUUUCAGGCAUGGCUUCUUGAGACUUUUUUUGUGGGUCUACUCACGAUGGACUCGCCUACCAAAUUUCAUGUUGCUAAGUAUAACUGGCUUUGGGGGCUGAAUUUUCAAAAUAUGAACAAACUGAAUUAUUACAAAUUUUCCUUUGCUAGCAUACUUCGCUCACACGCAGUGACAAAAACUCAAACCUCUCGCUAUUUAGCGUCACCCAUCUUUUUAAUACUCAAGGUACAAAUUUGGCAGAAAUCAGAUAAAAUCUGUAUGACAAGUUUGGGUACCAAAAUGGCCACUUCAAAACCAUCCAUCCAUCUAUCCAUUUUCUGACCCGCUUAUCCUCACAAGGGUCGCGGACGUGCUGGAGCCUAUCCCAGCUAUCUUCGGGCAGGAGGCUGGUUACACCCUGAACUGGUUGCCAACUAAUCGCAGGGCACACAAACAAACAACCCUUCGCACUCACAUUCACACCUAAGGGCAAUUUAGAGUCUUCAAUUAACUUACGAAGCAUGUUUUUGGGAUGUGGGAGGAAACCGGAGUGCCUGGAGAAAACCCACGCAGGCACGGGCAGAACAUGGAAACUCCACACAGGCGGGGCCGGGGAUUGAACCCCGGUCCUCAGAACUGUGAGGCAGUAUAUAUAUAUAUAUAUAUACACACACACACACACAUACACGUACCUUUAAACAACCGCCAGCUAUAAAUGAAAAACAAAAAUCUUUACAGUACAGAUGUGUGUCGUAAGCAAAAAUAGUCAGCAGCAAUGCAUGCAGCAAAACAGUAGAAACUAAUCAAUGAAUAGUCUGCAGUGGAGUGACAACUAUACAUUAGUAAAUCAUAUAGAGACGUGAAUAGUCAGCAAAAAAAGUCUGUGACGUAUGCAGUAAAAAUUAUUACAUUGUCUGCAAUGGAGUGACAAAUAUACCUGUGUAAAUUAUACAGAUCUACAGAUGACAGUCAGAAGCACUUUUCAGUAACAUUUUUUUUACAUGCAUCAAAAUCUAGUCUGCAGCGGAGUGAGAACUAUUUACACUGAAAUCAUACUACUAUUCAUAAUAUCAUACAGAUGUGAACGAAAGCAGAAAGAAUAAUCAGCAGCAUUGUAUGUGAGAUAUGAAGUACAUGUAUAUUGAAAUUAAAUGACAGCAAAUA